CCGGGGUGGGAGGGCGGUUCCCGAGGUCAGAGAGAGCCCAGUGACCAGGCAGGAAAGGGAACUUACAUCUUCGGAGAUUGCAGCCCUUAUCCUCUUGCACCUGCCUCUUGCUCAGAGUGAAGAUGGUGGGCACCACGACCACGGACGUGCCCCCAACCAUGGGGGUCAAGAUCUUCUCAGCCGGAGUGGCAGCCUGCCUGGCGGACGUGAUCACCUUUCCGCUGGACACCGCCAAAGUCCGGCAACAGAUCCAAGGUGAGUUCCCGAUCACCAGCGGCAUCAGGUACAAAGGUGUCCUGGGGACAAUCACCACCCUGGCAAAAACGGAAGGGCCCCUGAAACUCUACAGCGGGCUGCCCGCCGGCCUCCAGAGACAAAUCAGCUUCGCCUCGCUCAGGAUCGGCCUCUACGACACGGUGCAGGAGUUCUUCACCUCGGGGGAAGAAACACCGAGUUUAGGAAGCAAGAUCUCGGCCGGCCUAACAACUGGAGGCGUGGCGGUGUUCAUUGGGCAGCCCACAGAGGUCGUGAAAGUCAGGCUGCAAGCGCAGAGCCACCUGCACGGUCUCAAGCCUCGCUACACGGGGACGUACAAUGCCUACAGGAUUAUAGCUACAACUGAGAGCUUGACCAGUCUGUGGAAAGGGACAACUCCUAAUCUGUUAAGGAAUGUCAUUAUUAACUGUACAGAGCUCGUAACCUACGACCUAAUGAAGGGGGCCCUUGUGAGAAACGAAAUACUAGCAGAUGAUGUUCCCUGCCACUUACUGUCAGCUCUUAUCGCUGGAUUUUGCACAACGCUUCUGUCCUCUCCAGUGGAUGUGGUGAAAACCAGAUUUAUUAACUCUCCACCGGGACAAUACACGAGUGUGCCCAACUGUGCAAUGACAAUGUUCACUAAGGAAGGACCAACGGCUUUUUUCAAAGGAUUUGUACCUUCCUUCCUGCGACUCGGAUCAUGGAACGUCAUCAUGUUCGUGUGCUUUGAAAAGCUGAAAGGAGAACUCAUGAGGUCAAGGCAGACUGUGGACUGUGCCACAUAAUCAGCUUCAAGAAAAGGACACCACAUCCCAGUGGGAACCCCUGCACCCGGGUCAUCAAGAAAUAAAACCUUGUUCACUUUAUUUUACCCUAAAAACUAAAGAAAUCCCGGUAGGGAGUUUUGGACUUUUUUUUUCAAAGGCAAAUGAAGACCUAUUUUGUCUAAGUUUUAUCCUCAGUGCCUUAAGGAGGAGAAAGCCAAACAUACAUCUGGCAAAUGUAGUGCUCAAAUAAGGGACAGCACUUGGUUGACCAUUUUGGAGGUGCAAUGGUAUAACUGAAUAUGAAGAACCUUUAUAUAUUUUAAUAUUUUAAAUUGAUGGUAGAGGAAAACUGAGUGAAAUGCAUUUUAUGAAUACUUUAAAAUGAAGUUGUCAAAGAAAAUAUUAGUUUCUUUUUAUUUAUUAACCACACUGCCAGCUAAUAUAUUCAAUAAAGUAUUCUAAUACCUUU